AUGAAGUUCUUCAGCACCGCUCUCGCCGCCUUCGCGGUUGGCUCCGCCAUUGCCGCCCCCGUCCUCGAGGGCCAGACCGUUCCCGCUCCCUGCCCGUGCAGCGGCACCGACAAGACUGGCGUCGAUGCUCCCCACGUCGAUGUCCCCAGCACCUGCGGCCCUGGCAGCAUCAAGACCCCCAUCAAGAACCACCCUGCCAACGGUGACAACGACGUCGAUGUCGCUGCCGCCUCCAUCGUUGCCAAGGCCGAGAUCGAUGCCCAGGCUCUCGUCAAGGUCAUCGCCGCCCUCGAGGUUGACCUCAAGGUCCUCCAGGACUGCGCACCCCAGCUUGACGGCCUCGUCAUCGAUGCUGGUGUCAUUGUUGCCGCCGACCUCGAGGUUGUCCUUGACCUCGUUGUCCGCGUCCAGGCCCUCAUCGCCAAGGUUGAGGUCUGCCUCAAGGCCCUUGUCGUCCUCGAUGCCAAAAUCCUCGCUGUCAUUGGUGCCGACCUCAAGGCCUGCCUCGGCUUGAUUGUCAACAUCACCGCCCCCAUUGUCAACCUUGCUCUCUCCAUCGUUGCCAAGCUCACCGCCGUCGUUGAGCUCCAGGUCAUCGUUGGCCAGAUCGGCGACUGCGCUCACAAGAUCACCAACACCUGCGACGGCAUCACCGGCCUCCUCGGCCCCGUCUUCGCCCUCCUCCACCUCUAA